AUGGCUUCUCCUUCCCCAACACCCACACCGACGGCCUCCACCUCCACCAACCGCCAUGUCCUCACCGCGGUUGAGAAACAGCGGCACCAACUCGAGAAGCUACUCAAGGAUCCAGCAAAGCCUGCCCAUGUCCCUGCGCCGCCAAAGGAGAAGACCAUCCGACCUCCCAGAGAGAUGAUGAAAAACAUACAAGGUUCGAGUGCUGGUGCUGGUAGCGGAGAGUUCCACGUCUACAAGGCCAGCAGAAGACGAGAAUACGAAAGGCUAAAACUCAUCGAGGAGACUACGAAGAAGGAAGCCGAAAUUGCUGAAUUUGAGCGGAAGCGUAAGGAGGCAGAGGCCAUAGCAGAAGCCAAAACAUCCAAGAAUCGGGCGAAGAGACAGAAGAAGAAAGAACGCGCGAAGGGGAAGGGACAAGACAAGGAUCACAACUCAAAGGAGGAUGGUAGUGGUGAACGAGGAUCUGAUGCGCCAAUAAAGAAGCGGCGCCUUGUGAAUGGAAAGGAAUUGGUCUUUAAGAAGCCUGGAGAGGAGAGCGAUGAUGAGUCCACAGGGGAAGGUCCGGAGGAUGUUGACGGUCCUCAGCCAUCGUCCUCAGCGAUGGAGGAGCCAGCUACGCCAGUGGCAAUCAUACAGGAACCCAGGAUUAUUAUUCAUGAAGACGAUUAG